UGGGAAAUUGAAUGUUCGGAUGUUGUUGUGUAAUGAACAAGUGUUUGAUGUUAAAAAAAGAAAAGAAGCGUGGAAAAUUGAAUAAUGAUAUAGAAAACAAUAUAAUUGAACAAUUAUCUAUUCGAGACAUUACACAAGUGAUUAGUAUUCAUAUUUAGUCAAUUUUUAGUUGCUUUUAUAACUUCGGAAUUAUCAAAGCUAUCAUGAAGACUUCAAUUUUUCUGAUCGCAGUUGCAAUCAGUGUCAUUAACGCUAGCGAAAAGUCAUCGACAAAUACCACGGCUGACAGCACAAAAACAAAAGAAGCACGUGAAAAACGAAACUUAAGUAUUUUGGGAAAUUACGGGGCGAGUCGGAGAAAUGAUGGCUAUAACUAUCAACCAUCAGGUUACAAUUAUGAGCCAAACAAUUACAUUGGCGGUGGAUCUGCACCAGCAUCUCAAGACUAUGCUUCACAUUACCCUGAACCACCAGAGCCUAUAAUUGAGAUCAUUAUUCAAGAUAACAAUGAGACAUUACCGGCGCCAUAUCCAAACUCGAUAAGUCAUGGUUCAGGAAAGAGAAAGAAGGAGCAAGUUCAAGUUUUUUACGUCAAAUACCAUAAAGAUGAAAAGAGUGGUCUGGUAAUUCACGAUCCAGUUCCAGCUUUGUCCCCAAUAAGCCACAAUCAAGAAGAAGAUGAUCAUGAAGAAGAACCAAUCGUUGUCACUCCAAUUCCCCAUUUACCACAAAAAACAACGACACUCCGAACAAUCAUCCGACCGGACUCACAGCAAUAUGAAAGCAACAGUGGUGUUCAUGUCACUUUUGGUGGACCCCACAAUCAUCAUAGUAAAUCUGACAAUCAGAUUCAUGAUGAAGACAAAGUUGAAAGUGCCAUACGACCCAUUGUCCAAUUACCACAAAACCGUAUUGGACCUGUGGGUCUUUUCAAAGAGAAACGUUCUCAAAAUAUCCAAGGACAGGGAAGAGUUGUUAAUGGUCCCCCUUCAACCUUUCACGCACACUCUCAACCAUCACAACAACAACUUCCACAUCAACGACCACAUCGCGAAUUUAAUUCUCAAAAUAAUUUUAUAUCACAACCGAAUCAAGGACAGUUGUCACACCAGCUAAGUUUGCCAAAUCAAGAUUCAUCGAAGCCUUUCCAUCCAAAUCAUUCGCAACAGUUUCAAUCUCAACAAAGACCACUUUCUAUUCCAGUACAACAUCAACAUUUUGGUCAACAACAACAACAAAAUAUUCUCGGUCAUCAGCAAUUUAAUCAGCCCCCAAAAAGGCAACCACCAGCACCUCAACUUCCCCAACCACAAGCAUUGCAUCAACAGCCUUUAUUGAGACCCCCACAAAGACCGCCAGUGCAAGCAAAUUUCAAUCAAAACCAACGUCCUUUUAAUUAUCACGCACAUGGAAAUCAACAAUCUCAAAAUGUGAGAUUCCCCAGUCAACAACCACAUUUCCAAGGUCCACAUCAGCAGUUUAUUCCAAAUUUUCAAAGUCAACAACACAUUCAGCGACCACAAAGUCAGUCUUUGCCUCCACGGCAAGGUCCACCAGCUCAAAGCUUCCAAAGUCAAAAUCUUCAAAUUCCACAAAUUAAUCGACCAUCACCACAGUUUGGUUCACAACCAUUCUCUCAAUCACCAGCACAUCAGCAUUUCCAACAACCUCCACCAAACUUUAGACCAAACCAGGAACAUAAAGUUCAAAGACUUCAACCUCAACCAUCUCCGGUUCAACACCAAGCUCAAUCAUUCCUUCAGCACAACCAACAAGCUCAAAAUCACCAACAUCUUCAAGGUGAUCCAAAUGUUUUCCGUGGUGGACUUGUUGAACAAGCUGCUCCAAAUCUAUCUAAUCAGCAUCAACACCCGGUCUUCCCUACACAACCAAAACCACAACAAGAAGUUGCUUUCCGUCAAGAACAAAAUAAUUUCAUUCAGAAGAAUUUCGGAGCUGACGUGCAAGUUCAAAAUUCUGUUCCCAAAUUUGAACAUCACAUUACUGAAACAGUCAACGGACCAAUUUUCUUCCAACCAACAGCUGUUGAUAUGGAUCAAUAUAAGCAACAAGAAAAUUUACAAUCACCUGACUCUCAACAUCGUUUUGCUAAAUCUGCUGUUUAUGAUCUUCCUGAUGAAGUGCCCGAUGAUCUUAGGGAACAACUUUUGUCGUCUGGAAUUCUCGAGAAUGCACAAAUCAGCAUCUUAGAUUAUGAUAAGGUUGGCGAGACAUCAUUACAAGAUUUACCACAAGAGCAUUUAGCAAAUUUCUUUAAUGCUGGCGGUGCUGCUCAAAUUGGUGCAUCAAAUAAAGUCAUUUCUGUUCUCAAACCAAAUGGCGACAGUAUUGAUGAAAAAAUUAGAACUUUGAAAAAAGACAAAGAAAUAACAAAACUUUUGGAUGGUGUACACAAAUUACCGACAAAGAAAGAAGACGUCAAUCUUAAAGUCGUUCGAUUCGAUUCACAAUCUCAAAAAGAUAUUAUUGGGCAUUACAUCAGAAAGGAUUCAAGCGUGCUACCAUCAGUCAAUCUUAAUCAAAACAACUUUAAUCGUUAUUUGCCUUUGAAGAUUAAUGGUGCUCAAUUUCCAAUACCUGAUGUUGAAGAAUUGCGUGGAAAGAAAAUCUCAAGUGUUGUGGUUUUAGCUCCAAUCAAUGGAAAUGAUGAUGAAUCACGAAAUGGUCGUGAUACGAUCGACACGAACCAAGUUAAAUUAAUUGCUGGUGAUUCGCUGAAAACACUUUUAAGGAAGCCUUCGACAGAAAAUUUCAGGAAAUGGCUUGAAAAGGAACAAAAAAUUAACGCAGAUUUUCAGAGUGUUGUGCUGUUAGUAACAAAAGACAGCAACACACAUGAACAGGAAAUUUACAUGUACGACAUUACGAGUAAAACUGUUAGCCAGUUAAAUGGCGAGUUAUCCUCAAAAUUCGUUGACGUUGCUGAAGAAAAUGUUUUCGAUGAUGAAUCUUCAAUCGCUGAACAAAUUGAUAGAAUCGACGAGGAUAUUGACGAUAAUGAUGGAGAUGCUUCAGAAAAUGUUGAGACAAUUGAGACCGCACCAUCGAAUAUUGUUGAAUCGGUUGUCAAAGUUGACAAUACUCCACCAACAUCUAGUGAAAGUGUCGACAACAAAGUUCUCAUCAGCUCCGGUUACAGUGUCAUUAAAAAUGAAUGAAAAAUUGAAAAAAAGACAAUUUGAAUUGAAUACGACAAAAGAUGUAAAAAAACUUUUAAGAAAUUUUAUGGCGUUGUGGUUUGAGAAUUCCAAUAUUGAGACUUCUUCGUAAAUGAUUUGGUUAAUUAUUUUCAAACGUUACAACUAUUCUCAGCCCUGAUUUUGCAUAAGCAAACAACGAUGUAGUAACACUUUUAGUCAAAGCUAAUGUAAAUUUCGAAAUAAGUUAUUAAUUUAAUACGAUUAAAUGCAGCAAAUUUUCAAAUAUCUAGAUCUAAAAUUUUUCUUUUCUUGUAUAAUCUACAGUUGCAGAUUCUAUGCAAGAAAACUUAAUGUUGUGAAAGAGAAAGAAAAGAAAAUACUAAAAAUGCCCCGACAGGUGCUUAAGUAAAUAAUACUCAAUCUAAUGUGUAUAAUUUUUUCUUUGAAAAUAAAAAAUGAAAAUAUUAAAAUUCCUUGAUCGUUGUGGUUAUAAAUUAAUUAAACAUACAAAAAAAAAAUUAGUAAAAAAAUUAAGAGCGUUUAAAUUAAUAAUUCAAUAUGAAUUUACGAAGAGAGAUAGAGAAAAAUGUGAAAGUAUUAAGUAGAUAGAUAUGAACUUCUGUUUUGUUUCAAUAAACGUGCUAUGAAUAAAAUUGUUUGAUGAUAGC